UGUAUCACAAUGUAUUUAUUUCUAUGUAUCAUAUCAGCACUAGUAUAUAUAAUCUGUGUUUAUUUCUGUAUCAUAGAUUGUAUCACAAUGUAUUUAUUUCUAUGUAUCAUAUCAGCACUAGUAUAUAUAAUCUGUGUUUAUUUCUGUAUCAUAGAUUGUAUCACAAUGUAUUUAUUUCUAUAUAUCAUAUCAGCACUAGUAUAUAUAAUCUGUGUUUAUUUCUGUAUCAUAGAUUGUAUCACCAUGUAUUUAUUUCUAUGUAUCAUAUCAGAACUAGUAUAUAUAAUCUGUGUUUAUUUAUGUAUCUCUAGGAACAAGAUGAAUUCUAUAGAAGGGAACAGGAUUUAUUGGGUAAAAUAG